CGCAAACAUUCUUGAAUAAUAACAGGAUCAAAACCUUGAGAAUUUGUACCAAGAAAUUGCAUGAUAGCGGAACUCAUCGCACUAAACCUGACAAAAAUUUAUGUCAAAGCAUAAUCCUAAAUGCGCUCAUAUCAUAGCAGGAACAACUUUGAUUGUGGAAUUAUAGCUACAUAAUACAGAAGCUAAAAUUUGGCUGAAGAACUAUACAUACUUUAUUGGAAGAGCUUGGUUUUGUUUGUUGUUAUCGCAAUUCUAACAAAGAAGAGCAGUUUUGUCAUCAAAUAUGCCACGAAAAAAUGUCGAUGACUUGAAAACCUUGGCGGAAGUUUUGGAGGUCUUUGAAAUCUUAAACGAAAAAUAUGACGAAGAUCUCAACAAGACUCAGUUAAAAGAACUACUUCGAAAAAUUCUUGAACAUCAAAGCUCUGGUAGCGGACAUUAUUCUACUGGAAUCUCGGGUCUUAAGAUCAUUUGUGACGCAAAGUGUAAUGACUUGGAGAAAAGGCAAAAGUUGGAUCAUUUCUACACAAGAUUGGAGUAUUGUUUGGAAAAACUUGCAAAUGUAGACUUGUCAAUCUUGGAAGGUCUUCUUGGCCUCGACACUAAAGAUGAAACAGUGAACGGCAUUCUUUCUCAUAUGAGAUCAAAAUUAGUUGAAACUCAGUAUUAUCUUCUGAUUGCCGGAGAAACAAGUUCUGGCAAAAGUACAAUGAUAAACUUGAUUUUAAAUGAUGAUAUACUACCAUGUCAUAUUCUGCAUAACACCUCACACAUAUGGGAAGUUUCUUAUGGAGAACAAACACAAAUCACAAUUCACUACAAACGUAUUAAUAAUGAAAAGCGUCGUCCACUACCUGAGCCAAUUCCUGUUGAAAACAAGGAAGACUGUGGAAAAAGUCUUUCUGAGCAACUUGAGUCAUUCCUAGCCAAUAAAGACAUGGAUAAAAUUGAUAAAUUUGAGAUUUAUUUGCCUCAUGAUUUGUUGAAGCAAGGAGUUAUAAUUGUCGAUAGUCCAGGCGUUGGUCAUUCUGAAGAAAUGGAUGCAAUCCUGAUGACGUAUCUCCCAAAAGCCUUUGCUUAUAUUUACGUUAUUGAUAUUGCUCGUGCUGGUGGUCUUGAACAACACUUAAAAAUAAAGAUGAAAGAUAUGGCUAGAAAAAUCAACCGAAUUAACUUCAGUGAGGGUGGUUAUGUGAGUCGCCUCACUGAAUGUACUCUGUUUAUUGGUAACAAAUGGGACAUAAUAAAACGAAAAAAUGAAGUAGAAAAAAAUAAGGUGAAACAAAAUAUGUACGAUGAGCUAAGAAAAUGUUGGGGAAUAGCGAAUAUAGAGAAACACGUGAUAUUCAUGUCAGCAACUGAUGCUAUCAAAGUGCAAGAUUAUGGUGGAAUAACACCAGAAUUCAAUAUCUUGUUGGAAAGUAUCAAUCAACUGAUUUUCAGAUCAAUAAAUUUGAGACUCUACAACCAUUGGCAAUGGUUGGAUAUGAUAAUGUCAAAAAUUGUCCAGCUGGCGAGCAUCUUCUUUGACAAGAAUAUUAGUAAUCUGCAGGGAAAACGUGAUCAAGCGAAACGAUUAAGUGAACGUGCUGACAAAAUUCAGCAAACAUAUGAAGAACAUACAGAGAUACUGCUGAACAACUUACAACGUCAAGAAAUAGUUUUAUCUGACCAUCUAAAAAAACAUACUUAUUCAAGAGAAUUUGAAGAACAGCUCUUCUCCUGGGAUUUCAAUUAUGCAAAUUCUCUUCGCAGGAAAAAAUGGGAAGAUACAAAAGAAAAUGUCAACAAGGCAAUUGUUAAAAAAUAUUUAAGUUUGUUGUGUGCUUGGGAAAAAAAAGAACAUGUGUAUGCCAAAAUCCAUUCUACAAUUGUUGAUGAAUAUUUGACAAGUUUUAACUUGUUGAAAAAAGAUCUUGAACGCUUUGAAUCUGGUCACGACGACAGCAUAGAAGACCAGGCCAAUUACUACAGAAACCGAACUCCUACUGUGCCAACCAAAGUUUUUUUUGGAGUAACUUUGCCGAUUUGGCUGCCUGUUGCUGCAGCAGGAAUAUUCCUUGGUGCACCUAUUAUGGGUGUGAUGGCUUUGGCUAGAGUGAUUGACGAUAGAAUGCGCUAUGAAAAGUACUUAGAAAAUCCGGUGAAGUACAUGAAACAUCGGUCUGAAAGGUUUUUGCAGGCAAAAAGAGAAGAAGAUGUCAUAGAAGAGGCUGCUCAACUCAUAUCAAAAACUAAAGAGAUAGUGUUUUCCUAUCACAACCUUCUACCUCGCCUGAUGAAAGCAGAUAGGGAUAUUAUUGAGAAGUUAAAAGAUGAAACACGCGAUUAUGAUGAAAUGUACAGCCAAUACGAGAAGAUUGGUGAUACAACCAAAAGUGUGAGAGAAGAAAUGAUUGAUUUGGGAAGAGAACUAUUUCCAGAAUCGUUGGACCGACGUGAUCUUACAUGGAGAAAUACAGAAAACUAUUUCAUUGGUGAGGGAGAGUUCACUCAGGUAUAUCGUGGUCACCUAAAAAUAGUUCCGCUAUACGAGAUGGCAAAUGUUGCUGUAAAAGUUUUCAACAAGCCAUUUGAUGAUGUCAAUGCAAGAUUUUAUUUCAAUGAGGAAGUAAAGAUAAGGCAUCUCAAACAUGAAAAUGUUCUUAAAUUUUUGGGUGCAACCAAGAUAGAAGUUUCUGGCAGAUCAAAAUGUCGUUACGUUUUUGUGAUGCCAAUUUGCAAGAAAAAUUUACGUGAACAUCUUUUCAACUGUAACGCUUUCCCGACCAAAUCAAAUGACACCAGAGAAGCAAUCACUAAGUAUUUCAAAUACGCAAAACAAAUUGCUGAUGGGUUAAAUUAUAUUCACGAAAGACGGCUUGUUCACCGACAUCUAAAAAUGGAAAAUAUUUUGGUAAAAGAUGACGACAAAGUAGCAAUAUCUGAUAUAGGAAUUGUCGGUCAUUUUCGAGAAACUGAAAAAAGUUUAAUCUACCUUGCACCGGAAGUGUUAAAAAAUUUAGAGCAUAGAAUAAAAGCUGGAGAUAUUUACAGUUUUGGUAUCAUGCUUUGGGAAAUGUGGUAUGGUGUUCGAGCUUUCCAGGAACUUAUGCCGAUUAUACGGGAAAACUUUAGAACAAAAAUAUGGGAAGGUUAUCGUCCCAAAAAUAUAGAGCAUGAGGUCAUUCAUCCUAAAGCUCAAAAAUCAUGGAAGAUUGUUGGCCAACUGAUCAUAAAGAAAGAAUAACUGCAAAAGAUUGCUUGGAACGACUGUAGAGCAUGGAGGAUAUUUUGAAAAUCGGAAGAUUCAGCAAUCUUGGUGAGUAAGAUAUUCCUUAUCGUAUCGACGUAAAAUGAUAUGGAAGUCUCCGGUCUAAAACGAACACAUGGCCAAUUGAUUUGGUGACUUUUUAAAAUUAAAUAUAUCGACAAUGUUGAAGAAUGUACCCACAUAUUACCCACCGACUAAAAUAACCAUCCGAGCUUCUGUAGCUCAAUUUAUCUAGUUUGUUUUUGCGAUGUAUGGCUUUUGCUAACAUAUAAAUAUAUCUAACAACAUUUUAAUAAUUAUAAUUAAAUCAAAUGUAAAUAUAUAUAGUCGUAAAGAAAGGUUUAUUACCGUAAAAGCCCUAUCAAAUAUAAUAAACACACCCGUUCCUUCAA